AAUAUCUACUACUUGGGUUACGCGGGCGUGGUGCGGUUCCGCGGCGUGAGGAUCGGCGGCAUCUCGGGCAUCUUCAAGUCUCACGACUACCGGAAAGGCCACUUUGAGUGCCCACCAUACAACCAGCAGACCAUUAGAAGUGCUUACCAUGUGAGGAAUAUUGAAGUCUUCAAACUCAAACAGCUAAAGCGUCCCAUCGAUAUAUUUAUGUCACAUGACUGGCCAAGGAGCAUCUAUCACUAUGGAAACAAGAAACAGCUCCUCAAAAUGAAAUCCUUCUUCCGUCAAGAAGUGGAGAGCAACACAUUGGGAAGCCCUGCUGCUUCAGAGCUUCUGCAGCACCUGAAACCCACCUACUGGUUCUCAGCACAUCUUCACGUUAAAUUUGCAGCUUUCAUGCAACACGAGACAAACUCCAAAGAAGAGUUACCAAAAGCAACCAAGUUCCUGGCUCUGGAUAAAUGCUUGCCCCACAGAGACUUCCUGCAGAUAAUAGACGUGGACCAUGAUCCCAAUGCAGGUGACUCACUGGAGUAUGAUGCUGAGUGGAUUGCAGUCCUCAAGGCUACCAACAGUCUUGUUAAUGUGACCCAGAGCUCCUGGAAUAUGCCUGAAAAGAAUGGCCUCUAUGCCAAGUGGGAUUACAGUGUGACAGAAGAAGCCAUUAAAGAGGUGUUAGAAGAGCUGAACCAUGACCUCAAAAUUCCUUGCAACUUCACACUGACAGCUGCUUGUUACGAUCCCAGCAAACCCCAAAAAAACAUGGAGCCAGUUCAUACCAUCAAUCCACAGACCACUGAGUUCUGUGCCCAGUUUGGCCUCACUGACAUCAAUGACAGGAUCCAGCAGGCUAAAGAAGAGAGCUCAGGACGAGGUGAAUGUGAAGAGGAGGACGAAGAGGAGAUGGACAGUACUGGGUCAGCAGAGGAACCCAGUGAAUACAAUACAGAUAAUUCUGGCCUGUCAUGCUUUAAUCCAGAUGAAAUAAUGCUGGAUGAAGAAGGUGGUGAUGAAGACUUGAGUACAUGCUCUGUAGAUCCCUCCCCUGAUCACCCUCCUGAGUUCUCUACGAGCUUCUCUGACAUCCGGAUCAUGCCAGACUCCAUGGCGGUGUCCUCUGAUGAUGCCAUGGACUCCAACAACGAGGAGCUGGAGAAGUCUGGUGGGAGCAAGCAGGUGGAGGAAAAGAGCUCCACUGAGAGGUCAUUAAAACGCAUCGGUGGUGAUGAAAACGGCAACAGUGGUGUUAAAAAAAUCAGGAGAAGGAACCAAGCUAUCUAUGCUGCAGAGGACGAAGAUAAAACAGAUUAAUACUUCACAGGGUGUGUAAAUAACUUCUCUUCCAGCCUUUCUGUGGGAAGGUGGUGAGAAUUUUAGUGGACUGUGCGUGGUUUUAAUUGUCACAUGAUCUUAGUCAUGUUACUUUCUCAAGCUCAGAGACUGGAUGUACUUCUCACAGGGAAGAUGAUUUAGAAUAGACAUCAAAGGAAGAAGCUGAGACUUUUUCAACAAAGAACUUUGUCAAAGGAUGUAAAGCUCAUAUAUCCUUGAUUUUGUUUCAGUUCUUGGUGUAUGGUGUAUACUCCAUAUCUUCAGCUGAACAAGAUUCACCAUGCUUGUUUAACAAGAACUCUUAAACUGUAGCCUGAGUCCAAGUGAGAGGAUGUCUGACUUCUAGACUAAAUGAUUUUAUUUUAUUGCUUUUGUCCUGUUUUAUAUUGAACUAUUAAUACAGUAUAGCAUACGUAAUAACCCUAUGAAUAAUAUUUGAAAAUAGAAUUCCCAUUAUAACAAAACAGCAAUAGAAGAAUGAAGAUUUUUGUUUCUGGUGAUAGUCAUGCCACAGUAAAACUUUGUGGUCAUAAGCAAAACAAUAUGUAUUGUCCAGGAUUAGCUUUUAAUUACAGUUCUGAUAGUAAACCAAGUUUCUUGAUUUGGAGUAUGACGGUUUUAUAGGGACCAUGGAAGACUGCCUCUCUAUUCUUAGAAAUUCACUUUUGUGCUGUUUCUUAAAUCUUGAGAACAAUGUCUUAAAAUGGAAGUAGUUAGGAAGGACAACUUUCUAAAUAUGCAUACCACCACUGUCUCAACUCUGAUUAAUCAGGGCUGUGUUUUGCGUUCAUACAAGGUGAUGGGUGUGUAAGUUGCCUGAGACAAUAACACCUCCCAUUUUCAUUAGCAUCACUUUUCACUUGUCAUUUCUGUAGCUGUAACUUUGCUGAACUCUUAAAACUGGAUUUGGAAUCUUCCAAAGCACCUUUGUAAUCUUCAGCUGAGGGAGAACAGGAGCUGACAGAAUAGAGACCCUCUUUGAAGUUUUCUGUUUAUUUUUUUUUUUCCCUGAAUUAUUAAAUGGCACUCCUUUGGCCUAAGAGGCCAUGGGGACAAAACUAAGUGAAUUCAUGAAAAUGACAAUGUUUUCAAGCAUAUGUCAUUAGAUUCAUUAGCCUUCCUGACAGAUGGAAUUCUUAGAUGGAACUCCUCAUGGCCAUACUGCCCCAAGAGCAGAAGGAAAAGCCUUCUUCCCUGAGAGAAGGAGGAAAAGCUCCCGUGUUUAUCCUCCCCAAAGGCAUAGGCAGUGUGAAGGAGAAAGCAUCCUGACAGGAACAGGGAGCUGGAUAGGGAGCAGUGAGUGAAAUGCAUCUGUGAGUUGUGUAUCAGACUCGGGAAUUCUGUCUUUAAAUCACUUCCAUGGUCUGGGGUUCAUCUUGCUUCCUCUCCUGUCAAGCAGUUCACUACAAAAACUAAACACCUUAAAUAUUCAAGGGCUAGAAAAGGGCAUAAUUAAUGCUCUCAACGGUUCAAUUAUCAGCUCAUCUGUCAGAACAGCUGCCAAAAGAGCUGUGCUUAGGUAUGAGGAGAAACUGGGAGUAACCCGGGUGUGACACUGGGUUUGAACUGUCAGAUAAUUUAUUGACGCAGAUGAGUCUUUUUAAGGGUCCUGGGUCUGCAGUGGUAAAAUCUUAAUCAUGCCUCAUGAUCUGAACACUAUAAUGAAAAUAAAGUAUUUUAAAUACAAAUUCUGUUAUGGACUUGAAAAGCCUCCCAAGGAACCUGAGCAUGGUAUUGUGCUCUCAAGGUUUCUGCACUGGAAUAGAAGAUGUAUCUUGCAUGACUUUUCAGUCUGAUUCCUUAUGUUUUUAAAACAAAUUGUUCUGUCCUGUGUUGUCCUGUGCCUCCCCCCCUUCAGAUAAAUGUGUUUCUAAAAGGCACGAGACUUGAACAAGAUACAAUAUUGACUUUUGAACCUUUAAAUACUUUUUAAUGAAGUAUUUCAGUGUCCAUUGAUCAGAGUGCAGCUGGUAAAUACAGUGAACAUAAAUGUUUUUGAGUGUGAAUCAUAUCUGACCUCCAGAGGUGACCUUUCUUGCAGUCGUUUGCACCCUCUUUGCAGUUUGCAGUGUCCUCCCCUGUCUUGCUUUCAUCCAUUAUGGAUUUUCCCUGUCGGCAAGAUUCUCUGCUGCAAGGAGGAUUCAGUAGAAGCUGAGCUUCUUCAGUAAAGGCCAGAUAUUUCAAAUAGCAUCGAAAACUCUAGGGAAUGCUGACACAUUUCUACUUGCUUUUAAGACCUAGAGUCUCCAAUCCUUUUUAAAAAGAAGAUUUAGAGACUCUUUGAGAACUUUUGAAAUUUUUAUGAGAAGCCUAUGGAAAACAUUUCUCUGUACAGCUCUUGUAUUGCAUUUUUUUUUCAGUGUCUGUACUGAGUCUAAAACGGUUUUUGCUGUUACUAGCACUUGGGAAAAGUAUUCACCUGUUCCAUCCCAGGCCAGCACAGAGGUAUUUUCACAGAAUGUCAUCAGUCUGCUCAGAGAAAAACAGUGAAGAGGGCCUUGUUUCAUAAUGGAGUGAUUUUAAAUUAAAGCUAUUAAAGUCAUCUUGUGACUGCUUCCUAAGA